UCGAUGAUGUGAACAGGCCGUGUGUAGGUCCAUUGAAAGUGUCGCUCGUGGAUGUAGAAUCACGGAACGUGAUUCGGGCUAUUGUAACCGACUUCAAAGGAUCGUUGCGUUGAUUGCAUUUUUAGCGCUGGUAUUCUAAUGCCACAGGUGCGUCCCUACGUCGUGACUAAUUGAGGCGUCUUACCUUUUAAAAAUCGUUUGUUACAAAUAAGCCUUUAUUAUGUGGUAGUAAAAGGCUUACAACCUACCUCUUUUCCAGAACCAGACAAUGGUAUAACGAAACGCGAAGAUGGCAUUUUUUAAGAAUCUGAAGUCUCUUUUUACUGGUGGCAGCGAGAGUGCCUCUAAGAAGCGGCGCGUGCUGCACAAUGUGAAGGUCGGGAUCGACCCGGAGGCCGUCUGGGAGCUCCAGGGCGAGCUCGGAGAUGGCGCCUUCGGGAAGGUCUAUAAGGCGGUGCACCGUCAGUCGUUCCAAGUGGGCGCCGCCAAGGUGUGCGAAAUGGCAGAGGACGACGAGCUCGACAACUUCAUGGUCGAGAUCGACAUCCUUACAGAGAUGGACCACAAGCACGUGGUCAGACUGCUGGACGCCUACCUGCAGAGAAAGCAGCUCUGGAUGCUGCUGGAGUUUUGUGACGGCGGUGCCGUGGACUCGAUCAUGGUCGAGCUGGACCGCGGACUGAAGGAGCCCCAGAUCGCCUACAUCACCCGUGGCAUGGUGGAGGGCCUCGAGUAUCUGCACCAGCACAAGGUGGUCCACAGGGACAUCAAGGCCGGAAACGUGCUGCUCACCAUGGACGGAGGCGUCAAACUGACCGACUUUGGCGUGUCUGCCAAGAACAAGCACACGCUUCAGAAACACACGACGUUCAUCGGCACACCAUUCUGGAUGGCUCCCGAGGUGAUCAUCUGUGAGACCUCGCUCAGCGACCCGUACGACCGGCUGGCAGACAUCUGGUCACUGGGCAUCACCAUGAUCGAGUUCGCGCAAAAGGAGCCGCCGUACAACGAGCUGAACCCGGUGCGGGCGAUGCUGCGGAUACAGAAGUACGACCCUCCGACCCUGGACCGGCCGAGCCAGUGGAGCCGAGAGUUCAACGCCUUCAUCGCCGCCUGCCUGAAAAAGGACGCCAGCAAGCGGGCCGAGGCCAGCGAGCUGCUCCAGCUACCGUUCAUUAACCGCACCCUGGAUAACAAGCCGAUCCGCGAGCUGCUGCUCGAGUACAAGGCGGACGUGGUCGAGGGUAUCGAAGACGCCACCGACGAGGACACGCGGGCCUCCCGACUCAGCCUGGACUCUGGCCUGCCGCCGACCGACGAAGGCGACGAAGAGGCCGAGCCCGCCGACGCCGACGCCACCGAGCCGCCGCCGGCAUCACCCAAAAAGAAGCCGGCGCCGAAGCCGCCAGCCGUGGCCGAGCCGGCCAAGUCGCCAGAGAAAAAGAAGCCGGCGCCGCCCCCACCGGCCCCGGCUGCCGAGGCCGCUCCCGCUGCCGCGGCCGAGGAGAAGACGCCGGUACCGGCGGCGGCCAAAGAGCCGGCACCAGCCUCAGUGCCGGCCAAAAAGUCCGCCCCUGUCCCAGCACCAGCAGCCGCCCCCGCCAAGGAGCCGGCACCAGUCAAACAACCGUCACCAAGCCCGGCUCCUGGUGCGUCACCAACACCGACACCAGUCAAAGAACCAACACCACCUUCAGCGGCGCCGAAAGAAGCAGCACCAGCCCCAGCCAAGGAAUCACCGACUAAGGAAUCAACGCCUCUUCCAGCAGCAGCAACCAAGGAGCCGACACCCCCACCAGCAGCCAAAGAACCAACACCACCCCCAGCGUCAACCAACGAACCAACACCACCCCCAGCACCAACCAAAGAACCAACAGCAGCUCCGACGGCAGGCAAAGAAUCGUCACCUGCACCAGUCAAAGAGUUGGCGCCAGAUUCGACUCCAGUCGCGACGUCGGCGAAGGAAACACCUCCCGCAGCAGCUGUUGCAACAACGCCCUCGGCGACGGCAGCAGCAGCAGCGACCACGGCGGCGGCAGGAGGAGCGACAGUAGCAGCAUCAGUAGCGGCAGCGGCGGUGACCGUCCAGGACCCAGUUCCUUCAGAGGCAGCGUCUUCCGAAGCGUUAGCGGGUGAUGCUCUACCGUCACCGACCGCUGCUGCUGCUGCUGUCCCGUCCGAGGCCCCGUCUUCUGCCGACGCCCCUGCUUCUCCUUCUGCCCCGGCAGCUGCAGGAGACCAGGCCAAAGUUCAGCCAGAAGCGACAGCGCCGGUCUCACAGCCCGCCGCACCGCCGGCAGUGGCGGUGCCGCCUGCAGAGCAGCCCACACCGGCUGAGGAGGCCAUGCCCGCUCCGGUGUCAUCACCAGCGGAGCCCCAGCCGUCAGCGCCGGCCGAGUCGGCGGCGGCGCCUGUCCCGGCUGUCCCUGCCGCGUCUCCGUCUCCACCUGCCGAGCAGGCGCCGCCGACAGGCCCGGCCGAGGCGGCCGAGGCUCCGGCGGCUGUAGGGGAACCCGCGGAGCCGGCGACCGCCACCGGUCCGCCCGCGCCGGCAACUGCCGGGGAGCCGGAGGGGACGGCGAUGGAGACGGAGACGGAGCCGGAGCGGGAGCCGGAGCCGGCUGCUCCGAUGGAGGUGGACGACCAGCCGGUGGACCAGGGAGCGGCCGAGACGCCCAGCGUCGGUCUGGCGGCGGGUGACGGCGCCGCGCGCGUCAUUGUGUCGGCUGACGACACUGAGUCGGGCGGCACGGUCACCACGCUGAUCCAGAGCAGCGGUGACGGUGCGCGCAUACAGGUGGUCGACGACUGGCCGCAGCCGGCGGAGGGCGCGGCCCCUCCGCAGCAAGACGAGGAGGCGCUCUCCCCGCCGCCGUCACCGGUAGCCGGCGACGAAGAUGAGAGCGACGCCGAGCUGAGCGCCCACCAGAUCAUGGACUCGCUGAUCGGCGAGGUGGUGCGGCUGCAGCACGAGGAGGCCGAGCGCGAGGCGGAGCGCGCCGCCGCCGCCGCACUCGACCAGUCGCUCGAGGAGGCGCUUAUCUCGCUCGGCUCCGAGGCGUCCUCGGCCGACGACGAGGCCGUCUGGUCGGAGCUGCCGCCGGAGCGCGGCGCGGGAGACGCCGCUCCGGCCUCUGCCGACACCGGCGACACAGCCGUCUCGGUGGACGAGCCCGGCUCGGGCGGCGGUACAGGUGACGGCCCGGCGCCGGCCGAGGGGGACGCGGUGGAUAGCGCCGCGGCCGGCCGCCGGCUGGACGACAGCGAGGUACUGAUCGACGGCUGCAGUAUCGUGCAGAGCGGCCCGCAGGAGCCGGCGGACGGCGCGGCGGCCGCCGGUCGGCUGGAGCUCACCCUACAGGAGGCCGCCGAGCAGGAGCUGCCCGACCAGGAGCAGGAGACGACCGAGCCGCACGUGUCGGUGGUGCAGGUGGAGCCGGCCGACGACCACACCGCUGCCGGCGCCGACGGCACCUCACCGACGUCCCUGCUGGUGGCCGGCACCACGGUCGGCUCCUCGGACGUGGACCAGCUGCCGGAUGAUGAGGAGGAAGACGAUGCGGAAGACGAUGACGACGACGACACCGUCUUCUCGCCGCAGCACAACUCCACGGCGCGGCCGGUGUCCCGCGGUAGCAGCGAGGACAGCGGCGAGGAGCGCACCGGAUCCGACUCUGCUGGCAGCCAGAAGGAGAACAUGCCUCCGCCUGCCGCUCCGCCGCCGCCGGCCGCCUCCAAACAGAACCAGAAGCAGCCGCCGCCGGCUGAGCAGGAGGCGGAGGACGAUGACGAGGUGGUGCUCAGGAAGAAACGACCCGCCCCGGCGCCCGCUCAGGACACGUCGGGCGUGUCGCGCUCCUCCACCAUGAGUCGCACCAAGGAGGAACAGGCCAUCUCCAACCUGCGCAAGAAGACGCGGAAGCGCACGCGCCGCUUCGAGAUCGACGGCGUCAUCGUCACCACCACCACCCACAAGGUGUUCUACGGCGACGACGACUCGGCCUUCGUCGACGAGCACGUCUUCAGGAAACAGGAGCUGCGCGACCUCAAGAUGCUGCAGAAACAGGAGCAGAAACAGUUCCGCGAGCUUAACGCCAAGUCGCAGCUGGGCCGCGACAACCAGCAGCGCAAGUUCGAGUCGGAGAUGGCGCAGCUGGUGCGCCAGUACGACAGCGACCUGGACAGUCUGCAGCGGCAACAGAAGUCGCAGGUGGAGCGCGCAGAGCUGCAGCAGGAGAGCGACCUGCGCUCCGCCAGCAAAAAGAUCCGCGCCGAACAGGAGCGCGAGCUGAAGACGUUCCGCGACACGCUGAAGCAGGAGGUGCGCCUGCUGAAGCAGGAGACGGACAUGCUGCCGCGCGACAGGCGCAAGGAGGCGUUCCGCACGCGCCGCGAGCGGCUGGACGCCGAGCACCAGGCCAAGGAGCGCGACUUCAUCGAACGGCUGAACGAGUCGCACGAGUCUUCCCUGCAGCGGCUGGCCGAGCAGCACCGCGAGAAGAUCGCCCUCAUGGAGAAACAGUUCCUGCAGCAGAAACAGCAGCUGCUGCGCGCCAAGGAGUCGGCCGUGUGGGAGCUGGAGGAGCGGCAGAUCCACGAGAAACACCAGAUGAGCAAACAUCAGGUCAAGGAGGUGUUCUUCCUGCAGCGACAUCAG